AUGCCCGAUAAUGUUUGUCUGGGUACUAAGCAUCGAUCCCCCGGUUUCGUCAUUACUGCUGUCGAUUCUGGAAACCCUACCCAGACAGUCAAAAGCAUCCCUGAACCUCCGUUUGGUCACUAUCAAAGCAACCAAGGCCACAGUGUUCCAAAGGCGUCUUGGGCCAACGCCUUUAAGAAAGGAUCUAGUGCAGUAUGGAGAUUCAUUUUUACACCUAUGGGCCUGUUCAUCUGUUGCGUAUGGCCUCAACGUUGUCGCUUGGGGCGCCAUGUCCUCUUGUUGAACGUCGGGCCGAUGAGCAAGGAGCGUAAAGAACUAUGGAUCGAGAUUGAUUCCCAGAUUCUCAAUGGGGUGGUUUGUCUAACUUCGUGGGGGCUAGCGCCGUGGCGGAUUCGCGACACAUAUUGGCUGCUGAUGUGGCACUUCGGCUCGGCCGAAAUAUCCAAGAAAUCAAUAAUGCAGCUUGCCCAGCGAAAUUCGAGCUGGUAUAGAAUGCGGGAUUCUGAUCCCGAAGAGUGUGAGACCCUGACGGGCAAGGUCGCUCCACCUACCAAAACAUGGAAGAUGGACUUUGUGGUGAUAAAUAUGUUGUUGAAUAGCUUGUUCCAAGUUGGAAUGGCGACAUUUAUGUGGGUGUACAACCGACAUAAUCGCCCGGCUUUCGGUGUUGGCCUUUUCAUUGGUCUAGGCUGUUUCAGUUCGCUUCUGGCAGGGAUAACCUCAUGGUGGGAGGGGCGAAAGGUCAAGCAAAUUGAGGGUUCUUUCUUUGAAGAGGCAACGGAGGAAAAACAGGAACUCAUAGAGAGAUUAGCCUAA